CGACUCCCCGACACUGUCCAAUGAACUCCAGAUGUAUGCGAAUAUUUUGUAACUCACUUUUCAGUAUUUCAACUCCAUAUCUUGUCCAUAAUACGUUUUUUAACAAUAGGGAGUCAACUUCAUGUAUCCACUGAACUUCGGAGGUUUAUUUGUUAAUUGGUUUUUAAUUUACCUACAGGGUAAUUUAAUAAGUUUCGUACAACGUCAAAGAUUAUGGUUGUUUAAUGGUGCCAUGUUGAAUUGUGUAUAAAUUCAAACACAUUUAAUCAUUAUUUUAUUUUUUUAGUUUUGUUUGAGUGUUUGACAAAAUAAGUUUCAGUCAUAAUGAUUUUAUACCAAAUAAUUUGUAAAUUAACAAAGUCAGAGAUUUGAACAACGACUUUGCAGUGCCUAUUAUUACGUCUAAAAUAAUAUAUUUGUAUCAAACACGCGAGUUAUUAAAUAUUGACUUUUGGACUUUUCAUUCGGGAUUCUGAUUUUAAACUUUUAUUACCUCGCGAAACAAUGUGUCAAAUAUACGAUUAACGAAUUUUUAUAUGAACUCAAUGCAGGAUCACAAAUUAAGGUACAUAAUAAUAUCAUCACGGUAUGUAGUAUAUUUGAUAAUAGAAAUUAUUCAUGAUUAUUUUUUGUAAAAAUUAAAUUUCGUUUAAUAUUACAUCGGAUAGGUAGACAAUUCAUUUUCGUGGAAUAAGACCGUAUUAGUUUACUAUUUUUUUCUGUCAUUUUUUAACCUGUCAGAAAUAUUUUCCGUAGCCUAUUUGCGGCUAUUUGAACAAUUCUGUAAACUUGACCAUUUUUUAAUAUACAUACCAUACACAGUAUACAAUAAUAUGGUAGUAUGAUAAUAGCAAUAUAAUAAAUAACGUGAUGUACCCGCGGGCAAUAGACGUACACGGCGGGACGCGCAUCAUUAGCCCCCAGACGGUAACUAUGGAUACGCCCGGGAAAGCCAUAAGCUCGCGCGCGCCCUCGGCGAAUAUAGUUGGUAUCGUGAAAUGCGAUGCGUGUGCGCGUGUGUGUACGUGUGCGCGCGUAAUGUACGUUCACGCUCGCGCGCACGCGGCUGCGGCAACAGCGUCGACGGGUGGGCGGGUUGGAGGGGUACGCUGGUUGAAAAGUUUCCGCGCGCGCCACAAGUGUUCAGAUAUAGGACCGUGGCAACAGUUCGCGUGCCGUCAGCAGCGCAUGUGUCGUCAGACACCGUCGCUGUCGCUUAUUGAAGGCCCUCUUCGCGACACCACACAAUACGCUGACCGCGUAGACGCGCUUGUCGUUAUCUUUGUCGUCGUCCGUUGACCGUUAUUUUUACUCCUUUACGAAUAUUAUGACUGUGUAAGUGUUUUUUGUUAUAAAUCAUAAUAUUAUAUUGUGUCCAAGCGAGCGCGAAAUGUUCGCAAAAGUGCAGUGAAACGACUACGUCACGCGUCCGACAAUCAUAAUAAUAUCAACACCGUGUUGAUAAUAUAUUAUUAUCAUUUAUCACAUACGCACUCACGUGAUGUCGUCUACCGACCGGGUGUUUGAACGACGGAUCGUGUCCAAGCGAAGAACGUCCGCCAACCUGGAGGACACACCGGAGAAGCAGUGUCCGAACGGUUGGGCCAGCGUCGUGGCUGCCGCCGCGGCAGCCGCAUCGUCUUCGUCGUCAUCGUUCCGGCAAAAGACGGUCGCCAAGAUCUCGCAGAGGACGACGUUUCAACCACAUCCCGAUACCAUUUGCGAUUGGUUCUUCAAAGUGAUGGUACUUGGCGAUUCCGGAGUUGGGAAGACGUGCCUGUUGGUUCGUUUCAGGGACGAUAUGUUCUUGGGUGGAAAUUAUAUUUCUACUGUUGGUGUAGACUUCAGGAAUAAAAUUAUUUCUGUCGACGACUCCAAAGUCAAACUACAAAUAUGGGACACUGCAGGUCAAGAACGAUUUAGAAGUGUAACACACGCUUAUUAUAGAGAUGCUCAUGCACUUUUACUUUUGUACGAUGUAACUAACAAAGUAAGUUUUGACAACACACGAGCGUGGUUGAGUGAAAUUCGAGAUUAUGCUAAUGAUCAAGUAGUCAUAAUGUUAAUAGGAAAUAAAGCUGAUUGCAGUUUAAAUGAUAGAAUGGUGAAAAGAGAAGACGGAGAACAAUUAGCUAAGGAAUAUUCAGUCACUUUUAUGGAGACUUCUGCAAAAUCGGGGUUUAAUGUCGAUAUCGCUUUUAUGGCUGUUGCAAGGGAAUUAUUAUUUAAAAAAACAGGGAUAGAAAAAAAAGGAUCUUUUAAUGUACAAGAUUAUGUGAAAGAACAAACUAAAACCAAUUGUCCUGCAUGCUCUACAGCAUAAUAUAUUUUGUGAUUUUCAAAAACAAUAAUCUGGGUACAUGAAGAAUGGAAAAAUGAGAUUCUACGCAUGAGAAUACGAAUACCUGUUUAUUUAUAUUUCGUUUUAUUCGUCAUAUUCGCCGAGAUGUAUCUAUGCCAUUAAGGCAUAAGACUAGCUGAUAAAUAUUUUACAUUUAUAGUAGUCUUAUAGAAAUAGAAAUAUAAUUUGUUGUUAAAUAGUUUGUUGUUUCUAAAAUAUUUACUUUAAGAAAAUAUAUAUAUAUAUAUACCUAGAUAGAUAUUGGUAACUACACCAUAAAAUAAUUUUAAUAAUAAGUUCCUAAAAUCAAAUACUAAUUAACAAUAAUCGCCAGAUACAGUUAUUAUCUACCGAGUAUAAUAAUAUAAUAUUGAGUUAUUAUACAUUGACUACAAUAAUAAAAUAUUAAUAUUAAGUACUUAGUAGUAAUAGUUAUUAAAAUAACAAUAAUCA